UUUCAACAGUGUUGGCGCGAGUUUGUCUGAGGGGAGAUGAAAGCGACGCGUGGGGAAUUUUCACACUACAGGAUGAGUGAGGUUACACUGACACGCGAGUUUUCUGAUUUGACUUUCUGCAGCGCGCUCUGAGCCCUUGAGGUCUUCGGGGAAGAGGUUACACUGGGGAGGAGCGAGUAUUGAGAAGACACAGGCGUCCCUUCGGUCAGACCCACUGAGAAAUUCUCAUCUAUCUCUGGUGUUGGAAAACUUUCCUACUGAAAGGCUUGGUGUAAAUUAAGCGAUCAAUGUUCUUGGUGAUAUGAGGGUUCGUGUCGAGAGACAAGCACGCGUUGGCCUUGUGAGGGCCAUGGCUUCUGAGGGUGCUCCCGCUGUGCUCGGAGUGAAAGGUCUUUGUAAAGAAACUUCAAAAUCUGCAAACAAAAGUCAUCUCAUAUCUGUCAACUUUGUCUUGCCGGACGGAGAAUCAACUCGGACACGGCUACGUUUCCCAUUUAGUCCUUUGGAGGGCAACCAGGAUAAAUCUCCAGGCACAGAUCGCCGAACAUGGAAGUCUUUGGACACUAGGUCUAAAAGUUUGGAUUGCCUGGAGGAGAAUUACAGGUCCUCAAGCUGCCGCUGCAGUGCUGUAAAUUGGGGGGCAGAGGGAUUAUGUGUUUUCCAGACGUGUGGGUUUUGCGAUGCAGUGGAAAGCAAAGAAGAACGCCCAGAGAACAGCUUAACUACAUGCAGGGGAAAGAUGCGCCAACAGAGGAAAGCCGACGUUUUUUCUCCCGAUGUGACUUGCCUCGCAGGAGGAAAGCUGACAUUGAGCGGCUCAGAUGGUGCAUUGUGCCAACUGGAAUGUGACGUGGGCCAGAACUCUCAGGAGAGGCUGCAGCCUUGUGCGAUAGACCUCAGGAGAAGCAGCUUGCCAGUCUCCUCGCCACAAGGUGCCCGUUGCACCCGUGGCUGUAGCAAUAAUGGCGACGUCAAGAUGCACGACACGACGCACCUUAAGUGUGAACUGUGCUGCAAAAAUGGCUACUCCAGUUUGGAAAGGCUGAACAGGAAAACCAAACCCAAAUGCACGCUGGACUGGGCCUUGAAGAGAUCUGUGCCUUUCAGGUUGUCCGCCAGCCAGGACUGCAGUGACGGUGAAGGUGCCGUGUCCGACAGCGAGUUUGUGCGCAACAGAAAGGAACGCUCCACCGUUCUAGUCAGGAGAUACCUGAAGAACAAUCAGAAAAUCAAGAAGACCGUGUGCACGGGCACCAGGGCCAUUGUGAGGACCGGUCACAUUUCUGAGAGAGCCUGGCAGAGCAUUUGUGGGCAAACGUACCACCUGGGUAUGAGGUGUACACAUGAGGCCGGACGCCAAAGCAGAGGACUUCUGUCCAUCCAGCUGCAUGUUUCCAGAGCUCUUCUCAUCUAUCCAGGGGUCAGGUUUACAGAGAUUGAUCAUGUCAUACCUGACGUGAGUGCUGAAGUCUUUUUCCUGCACCCAUCCAGAAAGCUGCUCGCCCGUGUGGUGUCAUGGCCGUGUGUCUCUCAGGAGCAGAUUAGAUUCUGGGCUUGUUCUCAUAGAAACAGGAUUGCAGCUCAUCUGAGCGGAGCCCUGCUGGAGGCAACGGCCGCUCUCGGAGCCCGCAGUUCUCUGCCCAACUUCACAACGGGCUCUACAGGUCGAGCUAUGUUGAAAGAGCGGCAGUUGUGCAGCUCCAUGGCAAACUCAAGCAUCCUCCCAUCUGUGGUGACGGGCAUCAGUAAGGAGCUCGCUGAACUGCGGCACCUCAUCCAGUUUCCGGAGGAGAUCGCCACCAUCCUGACGGAACAGGAGCAGCAGCUGUACCAGCGCGUCUUUCCUCUCGACUACCUCAGCUUCCUUACAAAAGACCUGAGCAGCCCCGAGUGUCACAAACGCCACCAGAACCUGAAGGCAUCUCUGUCGGUCCCCAUCAUGACCAGACAGAACGACCUCCACAACACCGUGGAAGACCUCGUCACGAGAUUCAAUGAGGUGAGUUCAUGGGUGACGUGGCUCAUCCUCACCGCGGGCUCUAUGGAGGAAAAGAGGGAGGUCUUCUCGCAUCUCGUCCACGUGGCAAAAUGCUGCUGGGACAUGGGCAACUACAACACGGUCAUGGAGUUCUUGGCAGGCCUCAGGUCUCGUAAAGUGCUAAAGAUGUGGCAGUUUAUGGAGCAGGCCGACAUCGAGACCAUGCGUGGGCUGAAAGACGCCAUGGCUCAACACGAGUCGUCCUCCGAGUACAAGAAAGUGGUAAACCGUGCGCUCAACAUCCCAGGAUGCAAAGUGGUGCCGUUCUGCGGCGUCUUCCUGAAGGAACUCAGCGAAGCUCUCGACGGCGCUGCCAGCAUUAUUGGACUGAGUCCGUCUUUUGAUUCUCAAGACGACUCUUUUGAGUUUAUCGCAGACUAUAACGGCCCGCAGCGUUUCCUGGAGAGGGCCGGAAGUGACGGACUGCACAACUCGGACAAGGAGACGACGGUCAGUAACAUUCUGCAGACGAUCCGCAGCUGUAAUCGAAGCCUGGAGACAGAUGAGCCCGAGGAGAGGACUCGAGAAAUCAACAUCUGUCCAAAGAAUUCCUUCAAAGACAAGAUCAGAAACCAGUUUUUGGUAGGAGACCUCUCCGAUUCUGAAGGGGACCCACUUGAGCUGGUGAAGGACGUAGACCUCCAGGCCGCGGAGGAGGUCCACGGACCCUUUAGUCACGGCACGGAGCUCAUCCCAUGGUACGUGCUCUCACUGCAGCCGGAUCUCCACCAGUUCCUCUUCCAGGGAGCGACGGUCAUCCGCUACGACCCGGAGAGCCACCUCACGGCCCGCUGCCUUCUGCGUCUGCAGCCCGAUAACUGUUUCCUUACAUGGUCCAAACCCCACCGCAUCGGCCUCCUGACCGGAAGAUACAGAGGCUUCGGGGCAUCUAUGCCAUCCCCAGACCACUUACCUCUGGGUCAACCUGUGCACUGCGGACUGUCCGACGGGCUCCUGGACCUGAACGUGGUGAAGGCCGUGUUUAUGGGUCACCCUGCGGUGGACGUUAACGCUGUGUGCCUGCAACACAAACUGUGCAACAUGAACGCCAGUGAGAACGCUUUGACGCUGCUCUAUGGACUUCACACUACAGACAACAGACUGCUUCACUUUGUGGCACCCAAACACACGGCACACAUGCUGUACAAGGGCAUUCAGGAACUGCUCGGAGCCAUCAGGAAGAUCAGAAGGUUUCCAGACCAGAGGCUGCAGUGGCUGCGCAGACAGUACGUCAGCCUGUAUCAGGAGGACAAUAAAUUUGAAGGUCCCACACUUGCCCAGGCCAUCGAGCUGUUCGGCGGCCGGCGCUGGAAUAUGGGUGCCGGCGGCCCCGGAUCUGCCAGCAAGAGUGCUGAGAAGAGCUCAGUGCAGAGAAACAGUCCGCUGGGCAUCAACUCCAACAUUAAAAAGAAGAAGAAAGCUUUAGUGAGGGGGGACAGUGGAGAUGGUACUGAUGAUGAGAUGAUCUCACGCAAGACCAGGAGCUGUAAAGAAUCUUUAGGAAGGAGAGAGUCAGACCCAUCAGAAAGUGUAGAGCCUGAGGAAACUGUAGAAGACUGCAGUUCCCUCGGCCUUCCCGGACCCUUUUCCUUAUCAAACAGUAAAAGCCAGUCUCCCGGAAGCUCCUUGUCCAACUCCUCUUCCUCUGCAUCGUCCUCUGGAUCCUUUAGCGCAAACACCUCCACCCCACCACAUCCCCAUUCCUCCCCCAGCCUCCCCUGCAGCUCCAAAGGGCAACCGGGGGCCUGGAGCAGUAGAAGCUGGCACAGCCGGGGGAAAAGCUGCUUCAGGGGCUUUCAAGAUCUCAUGAUCUCUGACAGCGUCAUGAGCUUCGUUGAGUUUGUGGAGCUCUUCAAGUCUUUCAGCAUUCGAAGUCGCAAGGAUUUAAAGGAGCUGUUCGACAUGUACGCUGUCCCUUGCAGCCGCUCGGGUCCCGACUCGGUCCCUCUCUACACCACCCUGAGGAUCGAUGACAAACUUACAGGACCCCAGCCGGAUCUCGAUCUGCUGACCCGGAAUGGCUCUGAUCUGGGCCUUUUCAUCCGGACACGUCAACAGAUGUCCGACAACCAGAAGCAAAUCUCAGACGCCAUCGCGACUGCCAGCAUAGUGACCAAUGGCACCGGAGUGGAGAAUUCUUCACUGGGAGUGCUGGGACUCGCCAUCUCCCAGUUAAAUGAUUUUCUGGUCAACUGUCAGGGGGAACAUCUGACCUACGACGAGAUCCUGAGCAUCAUACAGAAAUUCGAGCCUUCCUCAAGUAUGCGCCAGAUGGGAUGGAUGUCCUUUGAAGGAUUUGCCAGGUUUCUACUGGAUAAGGACAACUUUGCCUGUAAGAACGAGGAAUCUCAAGUGAAUGUGGAGGAGCUCCAGUAUCCUCUGUCGUACUAUUACAUCGAGUCCUCUCAUAACACAUACCUCACGGGCCAUCAGCUGAAGGGAGAAUCUUCGGUGGAGCUCUACAGUCAGGUGUUGCUCCAGGGCUGUCGAAGCGUCGAGCUGGACUGUUGGGAUGGAGAUGACGGCAUGCCUGUUAUUUACCACGGACACACUCUCACAACUAAAGUCACCUUCAAGGAUGUUGUUGAAGCCAUCAAUCGCACAGCCUUUGUGAACUCAGACAUGCCGGUCAUUCUGUCGAUUGAAAACCACUGCUCGUUACCACAGCAACGCAAGAUGGCCGAGAUCUUUAAGACGGUGUUUGGAGAGAAGCUGGUGACUACGUUUCUGUUGGAGAGCGAUUUUGCGGACGAGCCUCGACUUCCGUCACCCCUGCAGCUCCGCGGGAAAAUCCUUCUGAAAAACAAGAAGCUGAAAGCACAUCAGGCUCCGGUGGACAUCCUCAAACAGAAGGCACAUCAGCUGGCACAUAUGCAGGCUCAGGCCAACAGCAGCACGUCCAACGGCACAGCCAGCGGACACAACGAUGACGAAGAAGAAGACGAAGAUGAAUACGAUUACGAUUACGAGUCGCUGUCAGACGCUGAUGUCCUCAAUGCUUCUACUGCUUCUUAUGGCCAGGAAGACAAUAUUCUGGACGACAAACCAGAGAGCAAGUCAUCCACAGAGAAACUUCAGUACGAGUCCAACGACGAGAUGCCCAAACGCUUUAAGAAAGCAGGAAGCAAAGGAAAGAUGUUUGACAUGGAGUUGGGGGAGGAGUUUUAUCUGCCACAGAAUGAGAAGGAGAGCAGACAGAUUGCACAAGAGCUCUCAGACCUCAUCAUCUACUGUCAGGCCGUCAAAUUCCCAGGCCUCUCCACGCUCUCCCCAUCAGCCUCCGGCAGAGGAAAGGACCGAAAGAGUCGGAAGUCCAUCUUUGGCAGCGCUCCGGCGCGCGGGAGCCCCGGGGAGCCUGUGACGUUGGUCCGAGCCCCAGGAAAAGCCGGUGUGGACGGGGUUCGGGGAAACUGGGAUGACCAGACGUCUCAAACGCUGAGCCCGAGCACCUCUCUCAGCGCUAUCAUCCGCACACCGAAAUGUUACCACAUCUCCUCGGUCAACGAGAACGCAGCCAAGCGCUUGUGUCGCCGCUACUCGCAAAAACUCAUCCAGCACACCAGCUGUCAGCUGCUGCGGACGUACCCCGCCGCCACCCGCAUAGACUCCACAAACCCCAAUCCACUCAUCUUCUGGCUGCACGGAAUUCAACUGGUCGCUCUCAACUACCAGACAGACGAUCUACCAAUACAGCUGAACGCCGCUCUGUUUGAAGCGAACGGUCACUGUGGGUACGUCCUGAAGCCUCCGGUCCUAUGGGAGCCCACCUGUCCGCUUUACCAACAGUUCUGUCCUCUGGACCGUGACCUUGAGAACAUGACCCCCGCUCUCUACUCUCUCACUAUCGUGUCGGGACAGAAUGUGUGUCCCGGGAACUCAAACGGCAGUCCCUGUGUAGAGGUGGAGGUGCUGGGGAUGCCGGCGGACAGCUGUCAUUUCCGCACCAAACCCAUCCACCGCAACACGCUCAACCCUAUGUGGAACGAACACUUUCAGUUUCAGGCACACUUUGAGGAUUUGGCUUUUCUGCGUGUGGCUGUGGUGGAGAAUAACAGCUCACAGGUGACGGCUCAGAGGAUUCUGCCCCUCAAGAACCUCAGAGCAGGUUACAGACACAUGCAGCUGAGGAACCAGCACAAUGAACCUCUGGAGAUCUCUGGUCUGUUCAUCUUCAGCCGCAGGACGGAGGAGACGCCCGCUGGAGGACGGCUCCCUGCAUCUGUGCUGUUCAGCACGGAGGAGAGACGAGCAUCCCAGCAGCACAAGGUGACGGUGUACGGAGCUCCGGGUCCUGAGCCCUUCAGUGUCAUGUGUGUGGAUGAAUACACCACAGCUAAACAACUCCUGGAGUCUCUGUUUCCAACCGCUUCCUCAAAAUACUUUCUGAUGGAGGAGAGAACGCCGCUGUCCAGAGAGAAGAAAGCAGCGCAGCAGCGCCCCCUGUCCAGCGAUGAGAUGAUCAUGAGACUUGUGCACAGCUGGCAGCCGGAGGACGAUGUGGGCAGAAUAUACCUGAAGACCAGAGAGGAGAACAUGAAUGAGAAGAACAUGUUGUCAGAUGGUGUGGAGGAGGUGAGCGGUACAGAAGAUGACACGUUCUUGGUUCAGGUCCACGACGUCUCUCCCGAGCAGCCUCACACGGUGAUCAAGGUCCCGCGGUACAGCACGGCCCAGGACAUCAUCCAGCAGACCCUCAGCAAAGCCAAAUACUCUCUGAGCAUUCUCAGCAACCCCAACCCAUGUGAGUACGUCCUGAUGGAGGAGCUGACCAAAGACACGGGCGGGAAGAAGUCAUCGGCGGGGAAAGCGUGUCAGCGCGUCCUGCAGGACCACGAGUGUGUGUUUCAGGCUCAGAGUCGAUGGAAAGGAGCCGGACGAUUUAUUCUCAAACUCAGAGAGCAGAUGGCUCGUGAGGACAGACGGAAGGGCGUUUCGUUUGCCAGCGAGUUGAGGAAGCUGACGGGUCGGAGCCGCAGUGUGACGGUGAACCCCUGCAGUCCGUCCACUCAGGACGCCGCACACAGGUGUCUGUCGGCGGGACUGGAUGUCGGUAUGGUGGAGGGAGGUUCAGGUUGUCAGUGUGGUGAUGGAGCUCCAGUCUCCUCCUGGUUCAUCUCUCUGCUGUGGAACUGGAAGCUUCACAAAUGAAUCCAGAACCACAGCGGCACCCUUUCUAGUGUUCACUACUUUCACACGACGUGAGUGUUGAUUUGGUAGUGCUCAUCACAUAGAAGCACACUGCUGAGUGUGCGUUGAAAGCGUGUGAUCGGACGACCGCAGGGAUGGAGAGAGUCUGGAGUGAAGUUCUUCAGGCUACUGGGCUGGAUGUUCUUCAGAUGAGCUCGUUCUGAUGGCUGUGAGAUGAAGGCAGGAGUUUGAAGUUUCUCGUAUUCUUCUGGUCCUGAUUUUACUGUGAUGAAUGCAUUUAUGUGCAUUUCGUUGUUUUGUGGUUUUACACAUUGUCUUAGUUUUAUAUGUGGUCUGUGUGUUUGGCUAUUUCACCUUCAGUUCUUGGAUUACUGCAAUUUUAACUCGGGGCCAGUGUUACUUUAUUCCUCUGACUGGCUUCAUGUGAAGUUUGGAGCGAAUAUGCACAUUUAUUUGAAUGUUAAACAGAAGAUUUUCUGAUUGAACAGCCGUCUGUCUGAAGUUACACCUUAUUUGUGACCGUUUUAAUUGUUUUUAAAUCCUUUACAAAUUUUAAAGUUUUUUUGCACGAAACUGAACGGAAGAUUCAUUAAAAUGCAGUUCUGAUAUUUACAUUUAAGCAAAACUAUAUUUCAUCAUUCAUAAGUUGCAGUGCAAUUAUAUUUUGAGAAAUAAGAACCCAACAGUUCUUAAAUGUUUCUUGUAUAUCUUGAGUUUGUGCUCUUUAAUCAUGGCCACGAGUGAUUAUUUUAAAUGAGAUUUAGAUCCACUGUAAAAGAUUAAUCCAUUGUUAAUUGUCCACCUCAUUACCAAAAUAUUUUCCCAGAAAUAUAACCGUUCACUGCAUAAUCCAGAGGUAAAACUUUCUUUAAGGUGAAAUGUGUUUUAUAAUUUAUUUAUAGCCAAGUUGGGCUGUGUUUGCAUUGUACAUAUGAGCGGUACGUUAAUAAUGAAACCUGCAUUUAUUUAUUUUUAGGGGCAUGAAUGUUCCUUUCGUCUGUUCAUACUGUAUGAAUGUAGAAUGUAUUUUUGUAACUCUGUUUUCAGAGCUUUCUUGAUAUUAAAUAUUUUGACAGAGCUCUUAUCGAGUCUAUUUUAUUGUGGGUCACUACAGCAUUGUAUGUAUAGUCACUAUUGGUUUUCAAACAAUCUUUUCUGUUGAUGAGUGUAAAAAUACAAAAGCAUGUAUAAUGUUCUAAUGUAUUGUUUUUAGUACUUGUAAAAUCUUACAGUAGCAUUUUGUCAAUAUUGUGACGUGGAUACUGAAGUACUGUUUACUUAUCAAUAAAUAGUGUUAAAAUCUG